AUGAUCUUGCUUGGGGACCGGGGGGGGGGGUUUGAAAGUGCCCUGUUCGACACAUCUGCAUGCAGUCUGGGGCUAGACAGGGGCCAGGGGACUCUCCUCUCAACCCGGGCUGCUCCUCGAGCCAUCCUGCGGCCCGUGGCACGCCGGUGGGGUUACUCAAUGGGAAAUAGCCCUUGGGCGUCGUCCUCGACGUCUUACUCAAGUACCCAGCUCGUCCCCGCCCCCGAGGGGGGGGGGGGGUUGCGCAAUACUCUUCGGCUUGACCUUCUGAUCUUGUCCCGCGUCGAGUUGAUCAAGUCCAUGUUCCGCGGGAGAUGGUGGUGGUGGUGGAAGAGGCGAACCAGUCCUGAUGCUGCAAGUCCGGGUGCGGCAGGGAGCCACCAUAUGGCUACCACUACUACAAGCUACAGCUCCUUCCCCGCCAAUAUGACUCGUCUGUUCAGCGUCGACGAGAACCGCGCGCACAGCAAGGCUCUAGGGCUUGCGGCUAGGUUGGGCGGUCUAUCAAAUGUCCAGCUGAGGACCCGUGGCAUAACCCGGGUGGCUAGCGAGCGGGACCCCACGGUCGACAAGGGCUAG